AUGUAUCUGAAGAUACUCGUACUGUUUUUGUGUCUAGAACUGGGUAUAACCUUCAACCAAACUUCUGAAACACCGAAAAAACUCUUGGAAAGCAACGUGACCGUAGCAGAAGGAAUCACCUUGACCAACGCAUCCUACAGUAGCUUAGACACCAGCAAUAAGUCGCUAAUUGAACAGCGCAAUGUGAAGCCACGGAAAGGAGUAAUUAGCAAGACAAUUGUUGCGCGAAAGGGAGUUGAAACAGCUGAAAACAGUUCGCAUUUAAAUUCUUCACAUUCCUUAAGUGAAAUCUCAGACAAACAUGACAAUAAUAAAAGUGUAAAGCCAAAACCAACUGUGACAACCGUCGACGAUCUUGAAGAAGAGGAAAAAGUCGUUAAAAAACCCCUAAAAUCCUCGGAUACUUCUAAUAAAUUAAAUUAUAUAUUACCUGUUGUUGCAACGAUAUUUUUAUUACCAAUUGUUAUUGUUUUUAUAAUGUUUAUUUAUAAUAAUUACUGCGACUGCUGGGAAAAGCGGCACUAUCGUCGCAUGGACUUUCUCGUUGAUGGAAUGUAUAAUGAAUAA